UCUCCACACAUAUUUCCGGUUUGUCUAGCUCAGGCGUAAGAGGUUUUCCAGUCGUCGCGCAGCAGUGGCCAGUGGAGCUGGGUUGGGAAGUAUCUUUUCUGUUCGUUGACGCUGUCGGUGUUCUCUGGAGUCAGUGAAGUUUAAGGAGUCACCGCCGCUGCCAUCAACAUGUCGGUCCCAAGCUCACUCAUGAAACAACCGCCUAUUCAGUCUACGGCUGGGGCCGUCCCAGUCCGCAAUGAGAAAGGUGAGAUUUCAAUGGAAAAAGUGAAGGUGAAACGCUAUGUGUCAGGAAAGAGGCCAGACUAUGCCCCUAUGGAGUCCUCAGAUGAGGAGGAUGAAGAAUUUCAGUUUAUUAAGAAAGCCAAGGAACAAGAAGCAGAGCCUGAGGAACAGGAAGAAGAUUCGUCUAGUGACCCCCGUCUGCGGCGUUUGCAGAACCGUAUCAGUGAAGAUGUGGAAGAGAGAUUGGCUCGACAUCGGAAAAUAGUGGAACCUGAAGUGGUAGGAGAAAGUGACUCAGAAGUAGAAGGAGAUGCUUGGCGCAUGGAACGAGAGGACAGCAGUGAAGAAGAAGAGGAGGAAAUUGAUGAUGAGGAAAUAGAACGGCGUCGUGGGAUGAUGCGUCAACGGGCACAGGAGAGAAAAAACGAAGAGAUGGAAGUCAUGGAGGUAGAGGAUGAGGGACGUUCUGGGGAGGAGUCAGAGUCAGAGUCUGAGUAUGAAGAGUACACAGACAGCGAAGAUGAGAUGGAGCCUCGCCUUAAGCCGGUCUUCAUCCGAAAGAAGGACCGAGUGACAGUUCAGGAACGGGAGGCUGAAGCAUUGAAACAGAAGGAGCUGGAGCAGGAGGCCAAACGCAUGGCUGAGGAGAGGCGCAAGUACACACUCAAGAUUGUAGAAGAGGAGACCAAGAAAGAGCUGGAAGAGAACAAGCGGUCCCUGGCUGCACUGGAUGCACUCAAUACUGACGAUGAAAAUGAUGAGGAGGAGUAUGAGGCAUGGAAAGUCCGCGAGUUAAAGAGAAUCAAGCGGGACCGAGAAGAUCGAGAAGCGCUUGAGAAGGAGAAAGCAGAAAUUGAACGCAUGCGAAACCUGACUGAGGAAGAGAGGCGAGCUGAGCUUCGGGCAAAUGGCAAAGUCAUUACCAACAAAGCUGUUAAGGGCAAAUACAAGUUCUUACAGAAGUAUUACCACCGGGGUGCCUUCUUCAUGGAUGAGGAUGAAGAAGUGUACAAGAGAGAUUUCAGCGCACCUACCCUAGAGGAUCAUUUCAACAAAACCAUUCUUCCCAAAGUCAUGCAGGUCAAGAACUUUGGACGCUCUGGCCGUACCAAAUACACCCACCUUGUGGAUCAAGACACCACCUCCUUCGACUCAGCUUGGGGUCAAGAGAGUGCUCAGAACACAAAGUUCUUUAAACAGAAGGCAGCUGGGGUACGAGAUGUAUUUGAGCGACCAUCUGCCAAGAAGCGGAAAACUACCUAGAGUUCAACUACCUAGUCUUCCAACUGCGGGACACAUGGAAUUCGCAGCACUUGCUCCUAGACUGGCUUUAUUUACAUGGUAUCCAACCUCUUGGAUCUAUUGCCAUCCUUGUGACGCUGGGCAGCCCAGCAUUUGAAGAAGGUGCUUUGUGAGGUCUGGACUCAUGCUGAGAAACCUCCAGAAAAGCACUGCCCAGGUAGGAUUAGAGACCACCCACUUAAAACUUUGAGAAAUCUUGGGCUUCAUUGCCACUGUGGCUUCCCAUAAUCACUUGAGAUUGUUCAGUUUCUUUUUCCAGGCUCUGAGCUUUGGUCAGAAACAUGGGCACAUAGAUGGACGAUAAUUACCACUGCCAAAAAAAAAAAAAAAAAUUUUUUUUUUUAGGGUCGGGG